AUGGAUCUCAAUGGACGCCCAGCGGUGCAAGUCGUUAUCAACGGCCAUCCGCAGGCGCCGCAGACCUAUGGCCAGGCCAUGUCGUUUCAGAGCCAGUCCAGGCCACUGUCUGUGGAUGAGGCGCUUCAAUACUCAUCCAUGUCCAGCGCUCCUGUUUUUGGUCUAGACUGCGUGAUACGCCCUGACGUCGGCCGUCCGUCCAAUACCACCUCUAUCAAUCAUGUCCUUCAAGCUGGUCGCAAUACCUUGAGUGAGCUGGAUGCUGAGAUACAAUCCGGGCUAGACGAGUCAAAUCGUCUGGAGACGUCCCGUGAAUACCUCCAGCAAUUGCUGGAUGGGGAUCAACUCACUGAAUUCAAGUUCAAGGCCCCUCCUACUCUCAGCCGCAAUAAACACUUGCACUCGAAUACUUCCGACGGAUCUUCCUCUAGCCGCAGCCAACUCGGCUCCUUUGCGAAGAUGAUUCUGGAGUCCACGGAUAUAGCAUUCCGAUGUGAGAUCACGAAGAAGACAUGGUCAUUAUUUGAACUCUGUGCUAAUGGCUGCAUGUCAGAUCCCGAGACAUCUUCGCCGAAGGUCAAAGCCGAAAAGAAGGACACCGUAUCGAAAGCCGCUGCAGCAUGGAAUAAGCAGGCUUAUAUUGCAAAUUCUACGAAAUCAGCAUCCUUCGAAAAGCCCCAACAACCUUCGAGCCAAAUAUCUGUGGUUAUUCCAUUGAAACCCACUCCUACGAAACAAACCAAGCCCAAGUCAAAUUUCGAUCAUGAGGAUUCAAUGACCGCGAGGCGAGUAAAAGAUCAGAAGGCAGAAGCGGACGAUGCUCUUUUGAAACUGCAAGACCUUCUCCACGAAGUCUUCGAGGCGGAAGACCAGAUCGAGCCGGACGCCCUGAUUGCUUCAAACGCGGACAAUUCACUUUUCGUGCAUACAAGAUCGACGGAGGUGCAUGGCAUGGUGCUGUCCUCUGAUGCUCACCUCCGUCUCCAGAAAGCUAUUCGGAAAGUAUGCGGGUUUGACCGUCUUCGAGAUAUCCCCUCAGACUAUCUGAAGAGGGUUCAGAAACUUUGUGAAAAGCCAAUACUUGCUGCCCAGUCUGCACAACUCACUUUGCAUGACACAUCCAAUGAAACUGAAGCCCAGGAAUGGCUGGGUAAGGUGGAGGAUGUUUUAAACUCUUUGCUUGCUAUUGGAACGCUCCUGCAGACAAUGUCUGGACGUCAGACGGAGCGCGAUCUGUGCCCUGAGGAUCUCAUCGAGGCCAUCCCGCCGGUUGUGGAACAGAUCUUCGACCACUGCAUCAUUCCUGCGGUUGAGUCACGCCCUGGCGGCAAGGAUGCCGAGCACUUCAAUUUCUUCUCAGCCCAGCGUCGCAUCAUCGGAAGCUUGAUACACCAAAGCAAAAAGGUUUUAACUCUUUUCGCGGACUUUUUGUCCCGGAUUGAAGUGCCUGAGGGCUCCAUCAACUCCGCUUUGUUCUUUGCCGCUAAAUUGAUUUUCGUUGAGAAUGCACACAACGAUAGAGACUCCGCUGUUGGGUCCUCAAAAUUCGAGCCAGCAAGACGCGGAGCAAUGGACGUGCUUGCAAAGAUUUUUUCAAAAUACCCUGCCCAGCGUUCCUAUAUUUUGGAUCAAAUUCUGGGUUCUCUGGAAAAGCUCCCUUCUACCCGUCAAAGUGCCAGACAGUUCAAACUGGCUGACGGGAAAAACAUUCAACUUCUUACAGCACUAGUCCUUCAGCUUGUGCAGACCACCGCCUUGGAAACACCUUCACGCUCCAAGGCCAAACGUCGCCUGCAGGCCUCAGCAGAGGAUGACGAUGAUGAAUUAAUGGGUGACGGCGACGACAUGAAGAACAUAAAUUCUGAUGAUGACGAUAAGGAGCUAGACGAGUCUUUGGAGCGCCUGGCGGCCAAGGUCAACAGACUUUAUGAUAACGCCGUACGCAGUGCGCAAUACAUCGUGAAGUUUAUUGUCCACCGCGCAAUGAACGCAACCAAAAGUGGCGAUCAGCCAUUCCGGAACAUUCUCGACCUCUUUACAGAAGAUUUGAUCAAUGUACUUGGGUCCUCAGACUGGCCCGCUUCUGAACUGCUUCUCCGCAUCAUGGCAUCCCACAUGGUUGGCAUCGCAGAUCUUGACAAGAGCUCGGCUCAAGCGAAGAGCAUGGCUCUCGAGCUCCUGGGAUGGAUGGGUUCUGCAAUCUCAGAUCUGAUCGCAACCGCUCAACACAUGCUUCCAGCCUUGGAGGAUGCCGACAGCGAGCUCACCGAUUACCUCAAGCAGCAGUUUGAGGAGUUUUGCUCCCGCGCGCUCCAUCCGCAGGACCUGGUCGCACCGAACGGUCCUUAUCGAAUGGCCUUGGAGUAUCUUUCACAAGACAUCUCGAACAACUCUCAACUGACUAGCACACGAGGCUUCUACCUAGCUUCUUGGGCGAAAACUGUCUGCAAUCUUUACUACAACUCUGAGGAUAAGGAGGCAGUACCGGAAGAUGACAUGACUGAUGAGCUAGUGAUUCUCCUGUCGAGAUCGUUCUCUGAUCCACGCUGGUUGGAGACCCACAAGCAAUUCAACUCCGUUUCUAAUGUUCACGGCAAGUUUGCCUACAUUCUGACGGUCUUGAAUUCAGGCUUUGGCAAGGCCUUUGACACCAUCCUUAAGGUCCUUCUGAAUUCGAUCGCCAGUGACCAAGCGAAGGUCCGUAGCCGAAGUCUGAAGAGUGUCAUCGAAAUGCUUGAAAAAGAUCCCAACCUCCUCGAUAGAGAUGCUUCCGUUAUGCAUCUGAUUCUUCGUUGCACUACGGAUGCUUCCCCUAUGGUUCGUGACUCCGCCUUGUCUUUGAUCGCCAAAUGCAUUGGCCUUCGGCCAAAGCUAGAAGAGGAAGGAUGCCGCAGUAUUCUCGCCUGUGCUGGUGACCCAACAGCCGGUGUUCGCAAGCGCUGCAUUGGAUUGCUGAAGGAACUCUACCACAAAACAGCUCGCCAGGAGUUGAAAUUGGCUAUCCUUGAUAGCUUUCUUCAGCGGACUGGUGAUCAUGAGGAAGGAGUGGCAACUUUAGCUCGUCAGACCUUCGAAGAAAUCUGGCUGGUGCCUUUCCACGAGUCCAUUGAUUCCAUCUCUGACGGACCGAAGCUCAAAAUAGCACUCGGGGAGCAGGUUGGGUUGAUAGUCAGCCUGGUUGAGCGUAGCGACAACGCUCUGGACUCCCUCGGCACAUGCUUGAGAGCGGUGCUCUCAGAUAAGUCCAAGUCCGCCAGUCUGAACUUUAAAGUCUGCACGUCGAUAGUAUCCAUCAUGUUUCAGAGACUGGUGGAGGAUGCCGAUGCUUCCCCCAAAGAAUUCAAACAAGCCCUCCUACAAACUAUCACCGUGUUUGCCAAAGCAAAUGCAAAGCUGUUCAGCCCAGAUCAGCUAGAAGCUCUGCAUCCCUAUAUUGGCAAUCUUGCUACCGCGGACGACCUUUUCUUGUUCCGAUCCGUGGUUGUGAUUUACCGAUGCGUCUUGCCAUACCUAUCCUCGUCCCACAACAAGCUCCUCAAGGAUGUUCAGAAUGACCUCUUCAAGAGCAUCGCCAGGCUGUCUCGCUCCGAGUUGAACGAGGUUAUGGCUUGUCUGUGGACUAUCAACGGCGUCCUGCAGAACACCGACAGACUGGUCAAGCUGACCUUGUCUGUACUUAAACCACUGCAGCAAUACAAAAGCGUUGACAUGUCCUCCCCUGAGAGUGCCACGAUCUUGGCCCGCGCGAAAAGCUACAUCAGAAUAGCUGGCUGCGUUGGACGUCACUGCGAUCUAGAGAAGUACAUCUCGCAUUUCAAGAACUCGUUUCCGACCUGGAGCGGUGGGUCCGGGGGCUCCGUGGCUGGCUUGAUGGUAGACUGUAUACUUCCAUUUACCCAUUUCAACCAGCCCAAUGAGCUACGAGUAAUGGCCCUUGAGGGUGUGGGUUCUAUCUGCCAAUCCUGGCCGGCCCAAUUUGGUCGCGAGCCUACGCGCAGGACCUUUUCCCAGGUGUUCAAGGAAGAUGCUCCCGGCUUGCAACAUAUUGUGCUUCGCUCUUUCGCUGAUUUCUUCUUCAUCCACGAGGGCAAAACUGAGAAGGGAGUGGUGCCCACUGCUGAGGCUGCUGCUCAGGAGGAUUCCACCCGGCUCGGAGGCUCACUAAGAGCAAGCGAUAAUGACGGUGCUGCUGCAUUGAUAGCCCAACACUUCCUCAAAAACAUGCUGAAGGUCGCACAGUCGCGACAAGAUGCUUACGCUCUUACUGCCAUUGAACUCAUCGCAAGCAUCAAUCGACAAGGAUUGGUGCAUCCCAAAGAAUGCGCUGGAGUUCUUGUUUCGCUGGAGACGUCAACAGUCCCAGCGAUUGCCAAGGUAGCUUUCGAUACGCAUAGGAUGAUCCACCAGCAAUUCGAGUCCAUGUUCGAGCGGGAGUACAUGCGAGCUAUCCAGGAGGCAUUCUACUACCAGCGCGAUGUGGUCGGCGAUUCCAAUGGCGCAACCUAUCGGCCUUACGUUGCGAAGCUCUCUCCUUUAUUCGAAAUCGUCAAGAUAAGCAACAGUCGCUACCAGAAAAAGUUCCUAUCGAACCUCUGCUCCAAGGCAAACUUCGAAUUGAAAAAGCUUGAUGCCACUGGUGACCCCCCAGAGCAUCUCUUGAUGGCCCGCUUCAUAUCACAGAAUCUGGCGUAUUUUGACUACGGCCAAUUAGCUGAGCUGCUUCCCACGAUUGGGUGUCUUGAUCGUAUUGUCUCGUCGACCGGCACUGUUGUUGCGCACGCCAUCGAAACCGAUCUCUUCCCGAGCCCAAUCGGGCCACCUGUCGUCGAGACACCCACGGGGAUGAUGAGCCUUACUCCCGAUGUGCCGGUGCCUGCAAGUGUUCCGCAGCCAGUCAACCCUGCUACUCUGCGGCUGUUAGCCACCGCGGCCGCAUCGCUGUCCAUGCUCUGGGAAGCCCGAACUCAUCUGCGCCGACUCUAUGGGCUCAACUCGCACACCAAAGACAAGGAUGGCAAUGGCAAACAGGGUGCCAAAGAGCUCAACAAGACAGCUACCAAGAUUCACGGUGUGACCGGUGAUAAAUUCUGGGAAUCAAUCGUCAGAAACAUGGCGUCCCUGAACAGUGAUGAAGCCAUGCUGAGCAAGUGUCGCGAGUUCUCGACUUUGCUUGCUAUCGAUGAAGAGUUCAAGGUGGACCGAGAGAAUGAUGUGGAGGGCGACAGCCUAGAUGCGGUUGGAGAUAUUGAUGACAUGGGUGGCCUGGGUGGGUCUCGACCGAUGAAGCGCAAGAGCUCUGUCUCCAGCACCGGUCUCAACAAGCGACCGAAGGGCCGCAAAGGCUCCGCUGGCAAAAAACCGUCCAGUACUGAGCCUGACGACGGUUAUGACUGA